AUGCACCCCUCUCUAUAUAUUGUGGAUUUGGCCUUGCUAAUAGAUGUAGGGUGCUUCUGCACUCGGUAUCCUAGCUCUGUUUUCUAUUCUAUACUUUCGUCGUUGAUACUUGCCGGACUUUUUGUCUAUGGCACCUGGCAGCAUUUUCCUACCCCUACUAGCUCAGCGAGACUGUACGUCUAUGUGGCACUGGGCAUCCUGGGGCUAACAACGCUUCUGGAGUUAGCGAACUAUUUAUAUCGCAACGGGAUAUUUUCCGGCCGUGGUGCUCCUCGAGCCCUUGUAUCAUUCUUAAGUAAAAAAAUACCAGGGGAAAGCGUCCCUAGAAUCACAGCUGCAAAUAUCCAAAUCAUCUUACCUCGACCAGUGCAUGUUGAGCCUGGUCAAUAUAUCAACCUCUGGAUGCCGUCGGUAAGUUUGUGGUUAUGGACUCAGACGCACCCUUUCACCAUUAUAUCCUGGUCUAGGGGUAGACAGGAUACUUUGAAGCUACUUGUGCAACCUCGAAAUGGCUUCUCUGCAGAUCUCGUACGCUAUGGUGCGCUGCCCACGGAUAGCUCGGUAUUAUUCUUAGCCUUAUUUACCGGACCUUAUGGACUUACCGAAGACGUCGAUCCCUACGAAACCACCCUGAUAAUUGCGACCGGAUUUGGGAUCGCGACUUCGAUCCUGUAUCUCAAGAAAAUGAUUCAUGGCUACAAUAUAUGCACGUCCCAAACUCGCCGACUGUAUCUGAUUCCAUCGGUAUGUGCAUUGACUACGGUCCUUCGUCCGACCGAAGCUAAUGAGAAAGAAAUGAUACUCAGUAUAUCUAUUUACGUGGAGCACGGUCUUGCAAAUAGCAGAAUACCGGUUGGAAAAUAUGAAAGGAUAUGCUAUUACCAGGGCUUACCUGAUUAUCGCAAAAUAAUCUUAACCGAAGCAUCUGGGAGUCAGAUAGAGAGACUGCCGAACAUCCCGGAUGAGCUAGGUCGAACACUUGUAAUGGUUUCCGCAAGCGAUGGUCUUAGAGAUCGCUUACGCGAUAUUGUAAGAGGCUAUCUCCACCAGGGUGUUGAGCUUUCAGAGCUGGAAUAUCAGCCUGAGUAG